UUUUAGCACAUAAAAUAACAUAUAUUUAAUCAAGAUUGCAUUUAACUGCACAAUAUAUUGAGCUGACAUUAUAUAGAGAUUUUAUAUAGAGUGUUUAAUAUUAAGAUGACAAUAAUAUUAGGAGGUGGCAUAUCAGGUCUAUCAGCAGCGUAUUAUGCUGCUAAUAACGCAAGAAAUUCGGCUAUUACUUUAUUGGAAGCGUCCAAUCGUGUGGGUGGAUGGAUACGAAGUAAAAGAUCACCAUCUGGAGCAAUCUUUGAGCAAGGACCGAGAACCAUUAGACCUGUUGGAUUAGCUGGAAAAAAUACUCUUAACUUGGUGGAGGAUCUCCAAUUGAAUAACAAGUUAAUUCAUAUUGGACGAAGUCAUCCCGCGACGCAGAAUAGAUUGAUCUACUCAGAUGAAGCAUUGCAUCUGUUACCAACUUCAUUGAAGGGUUUCUUCAAGACGCUUUCACUAUUAGAUCGUCCCCUGAUAAACUGUUUAUGGACUGACUUGGCAGCUCCCAAGAUAUCCAAAGAGGACGAGAGUAUCUAUAAUUUUGUCCAAAGAAGAUUAGGUCAAGAUAUUGCGGAUAAUCUUGUCAGUCCUAUAGUUUGUGGAAUAUGUGCGGGAGAUGCGCAGAAAAUUAGUGUUAAUUUUUUGUUGAAAUCUUUAUUUGAGGCAGAACAGAAAUAUGGUUCCAUAGUAAAAGGUGUAUUGGCAAAUCGACUAAAAAAAUUUUUUUCAAAAUCAAAAGAUACAGUGAAAGAAAAUAAUAUAGACUCUGCAAAUUUACACUUGACUUUAGCGAAUAGAGCUCAAAAGGAAUACUGGGCAUUGUGGGGCUUGGAAGGAGGACUUGAACAAUUACCUCAGGCAUUAGCCAAUAAUGUAAGAAAGCGAGGAGUGAGAAUACAAACUGAGGCAAAAUGUGAAAAACUUACAUUUAAAUCAAAUCACAUAGAACUAUUAAUUAACGGCAAUAUUCAAGAAAGUUCGCGCGUUAUUUCGAGUUUACCUGCGAAGAAUUUGGCUGAAAUAGUGCGGGAGCAACAUCCCAUACUGUCGACAGAAUUAGAGGAGAUACCUACUGUAACAGUAGGAGUAGUUAAUUUUGAAUUCCGAGAAGAUGUAUUGCCAUUGCAGGCAUUUGGAUUUCUCGUACCACCAAAAGAGAAUCUUUCUCUGCUAGGUGUAAUCUUUGAUUCCUGUGUUUUCCCUCAAAAGUCUUCUACAGUGCUGACAGUCAUGAUGGGCGGGGCUUGGUUCGAAAAAUAUUUCGGCCUUAAUCCAUCGGAGGAUCACUUAUUAACAACGGCGAUUGAUCAUAUAAAACGUAUCUUACUUAUUGAGGAGGAACCAAUCGCACACAAUGUUGCCAUUCUGAAGGAUUGUAUCCCGCAGCACGUCGUGGGUCAUACUCAACGUAUAAAACGCAUCCACGAUUAUAUUUCCGCGCACCAUAUUCCUCUGGCACUGUGUGGUUCCUCUUACCAAGGUGUGGGACUCAAUGACGUUAUUCUGUCAGCAAAACAGGCCGUUGACAUUGUACAAUAAUUGUGGAAGUAUUCAAGAAGUGUAAAACUGCGAGAAAGGGUAGUAGCAUCACAUAAAAAAAAAAAACAAUAAAACUACGUGCAAAUACUGUGCAUGCUGAAUUUUAACAAUCAUAAACCAUGCAAAAA